AGAUGUUAAACAGUUCUGAUAAUAGUUCAGAGGAAGAUUACAUCCCAUUGAGUCUACAUGUCGUGACAUUCAGUAUUGUGUUUAUGGGAAUAGACAUAGUCUUCAGCCUCCUGGCAAACAUUUUGCUGAUGUUGACAAUCAUAAAUGCACCGAGUUUGCGCACUCCACCAAAUAAUCACUUGUUGAAUAUCGGAAUGAAUAACGUAAUUCUAUGUCUUUGUAUGAUACUCUCACUUGUGAGUGUCGGAACAAAGAGAGAAGAUCUCGUCUAUGUUCAAUCUGUCACUGGUUUUCAGUUGUUCAUAGUCUCCAAUUGCUCUCUGCAGUAUCUAUGUGCAUUUACGUCUAUAUGUAUUUACCGAAAAACGACUAUCAAAAGACCUUCUUUAUGUUUACGCAUGCGUAAAAGAAUGGUUACACGUUCAAUUUUAUGUGGAUGGAUAGCUUCAGUUCUGUUGUCUGUCGUCUUCUGUUUGUCAUUUAUGCCAAAUAAUGAUCGGGCUUGUGAUACAUUAAAUCCUUUUCAAAGGGAGUUUCGCGUUUGUGACAGUCGGAAACGCCUUACUUCAGAACAACUGGUGAUCUUGAUUGUUUACGUUGGUUCAUAUGUUGCAGGACUUUUCAUUAUUUUCUCUUCAUAUUACAGUAUUUGUAAAUCUCUUAAUUUGACUGGAACAUUCAGGAAGAGCCGCGUUUCUCCUUGGAAUAGGAAUUCAAGUAUGUCGUCUGAAGCAGGGCCAGAUACACUUGAUCAAACACAGCAGAUGAAUGGCGAUAGUGACUUUGUGAAACCUUACACGAUAUCAUCUGGUAAAUCUGAUGACAUCAUUGUGCACUACCAACGCAGUGAACACGCUCUCACAUUUGAAGACAUAUUUGCACUUGAAAAUCCAAUCCCUGCCGCAAAGCUGAAACAGAACAAUUCUCAAAAGAAACCAUUGAAGCCAACUCUCUCAAACACAAGUACACAAUCAACAAAGUCUAAAAGUUGUACUUUUACAGACAUAUCGCCCGUUGCUAACUUGCAGAGAAUUCAGAACAUAAAAAAUGCCUCCGCAUUACGGAACCAGUCUUUGAGGAGAGACAGAGUAAGCCUAAGUAGCGCUACAAAGAACAGUUUUAUAAUGUUUAUUGCAUACUUGGUAUGCUCUUUUCCUCUACUGAUUCUAUGCAUCCCAGGAGUUCUUGAUCUCAUGUCUACAGAUGCCCGGAUCAACACAAUCGUUAUGUGUCGUCUUCUCUUUUACAUCAAUGCUUGUUUCUAUCCAAUGUGGUAUUUGCUAUUUAGUAAACGUGUUCGACAGUGUCUUUUCAGACUUUUAGAAAAUAUUUUGAUAAGACUGCAAGUUAGGAGAUAGCAUUUUUUUUCUAUAAUUCAUGCGACAGUUUUUUAAGAUAUAGAUAUGAAUGUGGGGCUAACGGCGGGUCUGUCCAGUCGACAGGGAAUGCUUACUCCUCCUAGGCACCUGAUCCCACCCCUGGUGUGUCCAGGGGUCCGUGUUUGCCCAACUCUCUAUUUUGUAUUGCUUAUAGGAGUUAUGAGAUUGAUCACUGUUCGUUAUCUUCACCUUUCAUUAGAUAGAGUGGUCUGUUGUACAGUUAUGUAUCCCUUUGUUAACUUUACUUUCUAUAUACAUGUAAUAUAUUGCUUUUAUGUAGUGGUCUUCGAACAUUAUUUUAUCUCAUCGGUAUGAUCUUAUCAUUUUGUCAAAUGUGGGUUUUUUUCUCUUUAAAAUGU